AUGUUAUCGUCGUCGGCCGUCCAACAGUUGGAAGCUCCUUUUUCUAUGGAGGAAGUGAAAGGUGUUGUGUGGGAAUGUGAUGGGGAAAAAUGUCCAGGUCCAGAUGGAUUCAACUUCAAUUUUCUGAGGAAAUGUUGGGGUAUCAUUGAGAAGGAUGUGUUUGAUUUCGUUUCUGAGUUUCAUAGCAGAGCAAACCUUCCAAAAGCGAUCUCUGCGUCUUUCACGGCUUUAAUACCAAAGAUUGACAACCCUCAGCGGUUAAAUGAAUACCGUCCUAUAAGCUUGGUGACUUGUUUAUACAAAAUUCUGGCUAAAGUGUUGGCAAACAGGCUGAAAAAGUGUAUCGGGGUGCUUAUUUCCAGCGCACAGACGGCGUUUGUUCCGGGCAGACAGAUUCAGGAUGGGGCGUUGGUGCUAAACGAGAUUAUUGAUUUAGCGACAAGAUCGGGACAGGAGUGUGUCAUCCUAAAGGUUGACUUUGCGAAGGCAUAUGACAAUGUUUCGUGGGAGUUUCUAAACUAUGUAAUGAGGAGGAACGGUUUUGGGGAGAAAUGGAUUAAGUGGAUCAAUGCUAGCAUUUGUCACAGCUCUAUAUCUGUCUUGGUGAAUGGAAGUCCAACAUCUGAUUUUUCAAUGGGAAAGGGCCUUAGACAAGGAGACCCUUUGUCUCCAUUCCUUUUUACCUUGGUGGCAGAAGGGUUAGCGAAAAUGAUGAAUCAGGCAGUGCGUUUGGGACUGUUUCAGGGUUUUAGAGUUAAUAACGAAACAAGACAUCAUCUUCUUCAGUUUGCAGACGAUAUGGUUGUAUUAGGGGAAGGAUCUUGGAGCAAUCUUAGAAUGAUCAAAGCUGUGCUGAGGGGCUUUGAAUUGGUUUCGGGACUGUAUGUCAACCUUGGUAAAAGCAGUUUGUACGGGGUUCAUUUGUCGGAAGAUUUUCUUCAAGAGGCCUCGGCGUUUUUAUGUUGUGAUAGGGGAUGUUUUCCUUUUAAUUUCUUAGGUAUUCCGGUGGGGGCUAAGCAUCGUACGAUGGCUGUUUGGGCGCCGGGUGUGCUAAAGGAGUUGAUUAAGAUUCAGAGGGAUUUUCUUUGGGGCUUUGGGGCGGAUAGGUCUGGAAUAGCAUGGGUUGGAUGGGAGGAAAUUUGUAAGAGCAAAUUGGAGGGAGGUUUAGGGGUAAGAUGUUUGCUGUCAGCUAAUGAAUCGUUACUAUGCAAGUGGAAGUGGAGAUUUCUUGUGGAGGAGGAUGUAAUAUGGAGGAAUUUACUAGUUCAUAGAUAUGGGGAGUUGGAGAAGAUUGGAAAUGGCAGGAAAGCUUUGUUUUGGAAAACAAGAUGGUUUGGGGAAGUUCCAUUUUCCAGCCUUUUCCCAGCUCUGUUCGAGGUGGUGGCAAACAAAGACGCAACGGUAUACGACAUGGGGCAUGUGGUGAACUCCAGUUGGGCGUGGGAUUUUGGGGUGUCAGAAAAUAAUCUUGCUGAGGAGGCUGCAGAGCAGCUAGCGGAAUUACGCACAAUUCUGAUUUUCGCUGCUCCAAAUCCCGAGAAGAAAGAUGAAUUUAUUUGGUUUCCCAAUGGGGCUGCAUCGUACUCGGUUGGAGGUGGUUAUGAUGUGCUCAGACGGAUUGUUAGUCAGCCUUGCCUAAAUCCGACAGAACUCGAAGCUGUAAAGUGUAUUUGGAAUUCUCAGGUCCCUUCAAAGAUUCAAGUGUUUGGCUGGAAAUGUAUUCGGGACAGAAUAGCUACAAGGGAACAAUUGAAUAAAAGGGGUGUGUUGUCUAAUAGUAUUCCAAACGAGUGCGCGCUUUGCAAUGGAGGUGGGGAAUCGGUGUUGCAUCUUCUAGUUCUCUGUCCAUUUGCAAGAGCUGUAUGGCAGCAGGUAUGUGCAUGGGCUGAUAUUGCUUUCUAUCAUGCAGUCUCCCUUGUUGAUCAUAUGAUGCUGUUCUACGCUUCGGUUGGAAGGAGAGUCCCGGCGAAGAAGAAGUUAUUGCUGUGGUUGGCAGUUAUUUGGGCAAUUUGGUGUAGACGUAAUGCAGUUAUAUUAAAAAAUGAGGAGGCAGUGGUUGCAGAGGUUUUCGAGCAAAUUCGGUUAUUUUCUUGGCAUUGGCAGAUAAUAGGAGAGAAAGCAAAGGGUCCAACUAAUUUUUACUUUUGGUGCCAAAACCCUUUGGAUUUAUUGUCAGGGUAA